CUCUAUGCGCCCGAACCCCCACCCGUCCACACCGCCUUAUAUAUAUAUAUAUAUGUAUAUGUAUAUGUGCAUUGGAAGCCAAACCACCAGAGUUUGACUCCUAAUUAACAUAUCCUUUUACCCUUUUAGAAUUUUGAUCACUUCAUCUUCUAACCAAAACGGAAGCUAAAAUGACUGAAAAUAGUAAUAUAGCAGCCCAAAUUAGCAUCAAUACUGGAGAGAGUUCAGAUCAAUUCUCGAAGCCCCUCAGUGGAAAGAAACUUUCCUGGCAAAAGUUGCGCCGGAAUGAUUCUCUGGAAAUCGAAUCCAGCAAGUUCCCUGGACGUCAACUCCAUGGCUCUAAGGCUGUGAGUUGGUCGGUUAUCUUGCACUUGGCGUUCCAGAGCCUCGGGAUAGUGUAUGGAGAUAUCGGUACAUCACCGCUGUACGUGUACUCGAGUACCUUCACUGAUGGUAUUCUCCACAACGAUGAUAUAUUGGGUGUACUCUCUUUGAUUUUGUACACCAUCACUCUUAUCCCUCUCGUCAAGUACGUAUUAAUCGUCUUGCGUGCCACCGAUAAUGGCGAUGGAGGAACAUUUGCUUUGUACUCGCUGAUAUGCAGAUAUGCUAAAGUGGGUCUAAUCCCAAGCCAACAAGCUGAGGACCACGAUGUUUCCAAUUUCCAGCUAGAGUUGCCAAGCAAGCGUCUGCGGAGAGCAACAAAGCUGAAAUCUAAGCUGGAAAACAGUAAAUUUGCCAAGUUUUUUCUGCUCUUCGCUACCAUGCUUGGUACUUCCAUGGUCAUCGGAGAUGGGGUCCUUACUCCUUGCAUUUCAGUUUUAUCAGCGGUGGGAGGGAUCAAGCAAGCCACUACAAAAAUGACCGAGAAUAUGAUUGUUUGGAUAUCAGUAGCAAUCUUGAUCUCCCUGUUCAUGGUUCAAAGAUUCGGAACUGAUAAAGUGGGCUACAGUUUUGCUCCAAUCAUUUGUGUUUGGUUCGCAAUGAAUUGUGGUAUUGGCGUUUACAAUUUCUUCAAAUAUGAUCCUGCCGUUAUCAAAGCUUUAAACCCAAAGUAUAUCAUAGACUAUUUCACGAGGAACAAAGAUAAAGCAUGGAUUUCUCUUGGUGGCAUCGUCCUUUCAAUAACAGGAACUGAAGCCCUGUUUGCAGACGUUGGCCAUUUCACUGUUCGAUCAAUUCAAUUAAGUAUGUGCACUGUGACAUACCCAGCUCUUGUAUGUGCAUACUUUGGACAGGCUGCUUUCCUUAGAAAGCACAAUGAUCUUGUCUCGGAUACCUUUUAUGAAUCCAUACCAGACCCUCUUUACUGGCCCAUGUUUGUGGUGGCUGUGUUGUCUUCAAUCAUUGCAAGUCAAGCCAUGAUCUCUGGAACUUUUUCCAUUAUCCAGCAAUCCCUCUCACUUGGAUGCUUCCCUCGAGUGAAAAUCGUGCACACAUCCUCUAAAUAUGAAGGACAAGUCUAUAUUCCUGAAAUCAAUUACCUUCUUAUGAUUGCUUGCGUAGGAGUUACUCUUGGUUUUAGGAGUACAACCAAAAUCAGCAAUGCUUAUGGGAUUGCUGUGGUGUUUGUGAUGACUCUCACAUCAGCCUUUCUAGUGUUGAUCAUGCUGAUGAUUUGGAAAACCAACAUCCUUCUUGUAAUUGCCUAUGUGCUAACCAUUGGCGUUGUGGAGCUCGUUUACUUAAGUUCUGUCCUUUACAAAUUUGAUCAAGGAGGAUAUCUACCUUUAGCCUUUGCUGCAGUUCUGAUGACUAUAAUGUUUGUCUGGAAUGAUGUUUACCGAAGAAAGUACUAUUAUGAGCUUGAAAACAAGAUUUCUCCUGAUAAGUUGAAGGAGAUUGCUGCUGAGACCAAUUUUAGUAGACUUCCAGGACUUGCCAUGUUCUACUCCGAGCUUGUUCAUGGCAUCCCUCCCAUUUUCAAGCAUUAUGUGGCCAAUGUGCCUGCACUUCACACAGUCCUUGUUUUUGUCUCCAUCAAAUCACUUCCCAUUGGGAAGGUUCCAGUGGAAGAACGAUUCCUUUUCCGCAGAGUAGAACCAAUGGAGCUCAACGUGUUUCGUUGUGUAGCACGAUAUGGAUACAAGGAUGUGCGCAAUUAUCGCCAUGAGCCCUUUGAGAGAAUGUUGAUUGAGAAAUUGAAGGAGUUUGUGAGAGAUGAUUACUGGUUAAGGCAGGCGAUUCUGAAUAAGGGUGAGAUUGCCAAUGAUCAAGAAUCUGAUAAUGGACAAAUUGAUGAAAACAGAGAUACAAAGCAAGAAGAUUUAGAGGAUUUGGAUAACCAGAUUGACAUGAUCGACAGAGCAUGGUGUACCGGUGUUGUUCACUUGAUCGGUGAGAAUGAGGUGGUUGCCGGCGAAGGAGCAAAUGUAGGCAAGAGAAUUCUGAUAGAUUAUGCAUAUAAUUUCUUGAAAAGAAACUUGAGACAAAGUGAGAAGGUGUUUGAUAUUCCUCAGAAGCGCAUGCUCAAAGUAGGUAUGACUUACGAGCUUUAGCAAAUGAUAAGGUGAUAUACCUUAGAAGUAAUAGAAGUUGUACUACGUAGAAGUUCGAACAAGUAAACAAACGGGAAGGCAAGUAACUGAAGAACAAAGCAGAAGUUCGAUUCAUGCAUGUAGCCAUUCUCUUUGUAAAAAAUAAAACAAAAUGUUAUACAUAUAUAUAUAGGUGUAUUUAUAAAGUUUGACUAACUACUAUUAAAAUAAUAAAUAUUUUUAAAUAUUACGUAAA